AACCCCGCGCUGCUUCCGCACACCAAUCACAGCGCGCGAUCGCUCCUAGAUUUGCAUAACCACGCCCUCUGCUCCGACACCGCCCACCACCGGCUGUAGCCGGGUCUAGGCGCAGUUUGCUCCCAGUUCCCUCCCAGUGCUCCCAGUAAGAGCGGUACUGGCAGGGAGAGCGCUCCCAGUUGCUUCUAGGUGCUGUCAGGAUCGUUACCAGUGCUCCCAGUAUCACUUCCCAGUGCCGCGCGGGGCGCAACCGCUUUGCAAUCCCCCAGGGCGGAGCGCGGCUGCUUUUGCGCGUCGGCACCGGGCCGGGCCGGGCUGGGGGAGGAGGAGCGGAAGGAAGAAGAGUAGUGGAAGGAAGAGCAGCAGCAGAACCGAGCGGCUCACUCGCUCGCCCGCUCUAGGCCGCAGCUUCCCCGACUUCCCCGGCAUCACCCCUCCCCCCGGAAGCCGCAGCUGAACUUGGCCCGCAGGAACAUAAACCCAACGCGCUCAACCCUUCUUUUCCCCCAAAAAUGGAUUUCCCAUUCCUAAACCUUGGCCCGAUGGAGGAGGAGGCCGUGAGGAAGAAGAACAUGCCCCCGGAGCCCCAGGCAGACAAGGAGCUGAGGAUGGAGACCAGGGAGGACAAAUCCCUGCAGCAGAACCUUGUGGAAGAGGCUGUUUGGAGCAGCUCCAUUGCACAGGAAACCAGCGAGGAGGAAAAGCCCGGGAGAUCCCACAUGAGGAUGGGCUGCAAACACAGUUCUUGGGUAUCCGAGGAGGAGAACCAGGGCCAAAGAACCGGACAGAGCUGCAGCCAGAGCUCAGAGCUGGGGUUCCAUGAGCAUCUUCAUGAUGCGGAUAAGCCCCACAAGUGUUCAAAUUGUGGGAAGAGCUUCAGCAAGAGAUCCUCCCUGAUCUGGCACUGGAGAAUCCACAUGGGGGAACGGCCCUAUGAGUGUGGGGAGUGUGGAAAGAGCUUCAGUACGAGAUUCAAACUGAUCCGCCACCAGAUGAUCCACACUGGGGAGAGGCCCUAUGAAUGUGACAUACGCAGGAAGAGGUUUCAGACCAGCUCCAAUCUCGUCAUGCAUCAGCGGAUUCACACAGAAGAGAGGCCCUUCCGCUGCCCUGACUGUGGGAAGGGCUUCAAAUACAACUCCCGCCUUGUCUCCCACAGGCGCAUCCACACUGGGGAGAUGCCCUAUGAGUGUGGGCAGUGUGGGAAGUGCUUCAGGACAAGCUCUGAACUGAUUGUCCACCAAAGGAUCCACACAGGGGAACAGCCCUAUGAGUGUGAUAAAUGCAGCAAGAGGUUUCUGACCAGCUCCAGUCUCCUCCUGCACCAGCGCAUUCACAUAGAGGAGAGGCCCUUCUGCUGCCCCGACUACGGGAAGGGCUUCAGGCACAACUCCAACCUCGUCACCCACCGGCGCAUCCACACUGGGGAGAGGCCCUAUGAGUGUUCUGAGUGUGGGAAGAGCUUUUCACAGAGCUCUCACCUGACCAAACACCAAUGGAGGCACCACUAAGGGAAGCCCUGCAAAUCAAGUGCAGGAAGAGCUUCAUGUGCUGCUCCAGCUCCAUUCUCCAUGGCAGGAUCUGUGCUGGAUGAUGCCGAGUGACCCCUGGUGGGCAGAGCCCCGGUGAUCCAUGUUAGGAAGACACCUGGCUGGGCGGCUCUUCAUCCUCCUGGCUUCCCUUGAGCACCUGGACAUAUCCACAGAUCAACAUCAGAAAUCCAUUGUGAAGAGCACGUUUGUCGACUUCUGACCCGAGAAAAAUCUCACUCUUUGCAUCUUCUGGUGGCAUCAAGCAACACUGAAUGGCCUUGGAGGUCUUCUCCAAUAGAAAUCCAUCAUUUUAAUCCUUUCUGGCUCAUGGGCAUCUUCCACAGCCAAAUGGGAACAUAUUGGGGCAAACCCCACAAUUUUGGAGAUGGUGGGGUGGAAACCCCUUCAAAAAGGGUUCUUCCCACCCAGCCAAGCAUGUGGAUGCUUUGCCAGCAGGGACACAUAAAUUCUUUUGUUUUGGCCUUGAAACAAAAAGGUUUCUGUUCAUUCCUUUGAAAGCCCUGUAACUGGGGUGUCCUGGUUUGAAGGACAGGUGUUUGCCAAGGAAAGCAGAAGCUUCCCCUUGGACUGAAAGAAAAUAUGAUUCUUCCGAUUAUUAUAAUUUCGGAAUUAAGAGAGCUCUCAGGCAAAGAUAUGGGGGUAGGAAUAACAGUUCUUUACUAGUAUAUUUAACAAGACAAACAAGAACAACAACAGCUAUGAAAUUACCCAC